GCGUUACCUUCUACAAAAAUUAAGCGCGUGAAACUAUAUAAUAUACAUUUAGUAACAAAUAUGAACGCUCCUUCUUUUCUCUCUGCCCUAGUUCGUUCUAGUAAAUAAGUGCACCAAUGAAUUCUGUGAAAUGGAGAACAGAGAGGAGAGAGAGUGUAAAUAGUUUGCGCUUCUUAUAAAACCCCCAAAAAUUUCUUGAAAAUGCAAUGUUUUGUUCAUAUUAGCUGAAAUUUACCAGAUUAUUGGAAGAGAUUUGACCUAGAUUUUCUAGGGUUUAAAGUCCGCUUCACUUGCAUUGUUUCGGGAGAUCAAAUUGGAUUUAUCAGGGAGAAGAUAAAAUUGCUGAAAAUAGGUGGGUUUGCUCUGUUUUAUAAGUAUUUUGUCAUGCGAAAAUCUCAAUCGGCGUCCAUUUCGCCUAAUAAUGGCGGGAAUGGAAUCCGGUUGGGUGUAAGAACACGAAAGAAGCACAAAAAACUUGAUGCAAUUUGUGAGGAUGAAUAUACUAGGAAUCGUAGGGUGUCGAAUCAGGGUACUAGUGGAGGAGGACAUUUGGGAGGUGACUCUGAGGUUCGUCGAAGCUCGAGGGCGAGGAGAGUGCCGGUGAUUCUGGAUUCAUCGCCACCCCCUCCUAGGAAGAGGCGGAAAGUUGGAAAGUUAGGGGAGAAAGUUGGUGGGGUUUUGGUGAAGAAGUCGAGAGGGAAAGGUAAAGUGAAGGAUGAGACUCCUUCGAGUUCUGCUGAUUCGGAGGAGGAACUGGGAGCUUGGAGGUCGAGGUUGAGGUUGAGGGGUAAGAAUGUGAGUCCGAAUCAGCCACGUGGGAAAAGGAAGCUCGUUUGGGAUGAUGAUGAGGAAAUUAGUUCUGUAAAGGGUGAUCCCAAGGAGGAAAUGCCGUGCUUGAAUAGUAAUAGCUUAAGGGUAACAAAGUCUACUGAGCCUGAUAGUGCUAGGGGUUUGGUUGAUGGGGAGGAUGAGUUGCAUGAAGAUCAUUCAGUUGAUGACAGCUUGGAAAAUGGGGUUGAUGCCUCUGAAAAAGAUAGUGAUGGUGAUUGUGUUCCCUCAACGAGUGGAAGAAUUGUUGGAAAUGAGGAGAUUGUGGAUGAUAGUCCUGUUCAUCUUUUAGUAAAAGAGAGCCCUGAGGAAAAACUGAAUAGGAUUGCCAAUGUGGAAGACCAUGAGCAGAAUCAUGAACCACUGGAUCCAUUGAUUCUUGUAGAGGAUGCAGAAAACAAAAGACAAGUAACAGAGGCUACUGCAGUGCCUUCUGAUUUAGCUGAAGAUGUGGAAUGUGAUGUCAUACAUGAGGAGGUUGUUGCAGAAGCCAAGGAAAGCCGUGCAGCGGUUGAGAAUGGUGCAAAUCUGGGAAAGUGCAAUGUAACUGCUGGUGGGAUUCCUAGAUCACGUGUAGAGAAGGGCAGACGCUGUGGUUUGUGUGGGGGAGGGACGGAUGGAAAGCCUCCAAAGGUAAUGGCUAAUGAUUCAGCUGGGAGUGACCAGGAGGCGUACAGUGGUUCAUCUGCUUCCGAGGAUUGCAAUUAUGAUCCAUGGGAUGGAUUUGGUGAUGAACCUGGCUGGCUCGGAAGACUCUUGGGCCCCAUAAACGACCGAUAUGGAAUUGCUGGAAUUUGGGUUCAUCAGCAUUGUGCUGUAUGGAGUCCAGAGGUUUAUUUUGCUGGCUUAGGGUGUUUAAGAAAUAUCAAAGCAGCACUUUGCAGAGGAAGGACAUUAAAAUGUACCCGCUGUGGGAGGCCUGGGGCAACUCUUGGGUGUCGUGUGGAUCGGUGUCCGAGAACUUAUCAUUUGCCUUGUGCACGAGCAAGUGGCUGCAUUUUUGAUCACCGUAAAUUUCUUAUAGCGUGCGCUGAUCAUCGGUAUCUCUUCCAACCUCAAGGACAUCAAUAUGCACAACAUAUAAAGAAACUUAAGGCCAAAAAGAUGAAGUUGGAAGUGAGAAAACUAUCAAAUGAUGCUUCACGAAAAGAUCUUGAGGCAGAAGAAAAGUGGUUGGAGAAGUGUGGUGAGGAUGAAGAGUUUUUGAGACGUGAAACAAAAAGGCUUCAGCGUGAUUUGUUGAGAAUCGCUCCUGUCUAUAUUGGGGGCCCACAUUCUGGAGCUGACGAUCCUUUUGAAGGUUGGGACUCUGUUGCAGGACUUCAGAAUGUCAUCCAAUGCAUGAAAGAGGUUGUCAUCUUACCGCUUCUUUAUCCAGAAUUUUUUGAGAACAUGGGAAUCACACCACCCAGAGGCGUUCUAUUACAUGGUUAUCCCGGAACAGGCAAGACUCUAGUUGUGCGAGCACUGAUUGGGUCCUGUGCUCGUGGGGAUAAGCGCAUUGCUUUUUUUGCCCGAAAAGGUGCAGAUUGUUUGGGAAAAUAUGUUGGAGAUGCUGAGCGCCAGCUUAGACUUCUCUUCCAGGUUGCAGAGAAGUCGCAGCCUUCAAUUAUUUUCUUUGAUGAAAUUGAUGGGUUGGCACCUGUUCGUACGAGGCAGCAAGACCAGACACAUAGUUCAGUGGUAUCCACCUUGCUGGCCUUAAUGGAUGGUUUAAAGUCUCGAGGGUCUGUUAUUGUUAUCGGCGCUACAAAUCGUCCGGAUGCUGUUGAUCCAGCUCUGAGACGGCCUGGCAGGUUUGAUAGGGAGGUUUAUUUUCCACUACCUUCGAUGAAGGAUAGAGCUUCUAUUUUGGCGCUUCAUACAAGAAAGUGGCCUAAGCCAGUAUCUGGUACUUUGCUUGAAUGGGUCUCUGCUAGAACCGUGGGCUUUGCAGGUGCAGAUCUACAGGCUCUUUGUGCUCAAGCAGCUGUUAUUGCGUUGAAACGAAAUUGCUCCUGGCACCAAAUUCUUUCUUUUGCUGGAGACACUCCUGAGCAGGGAAGACGUCCACAGCUUCCUUCUUUUGUGGUGGAAGAGAGGGACUGGUUGGAAGCUCUUUCCCUUGCUCCUCCCCCAUGUUCACUUAGAGAGGCAGGAAUGGCUGCAAAUGAAGUUGUUGGCUUUCCCCUUCACAUACAUCUUAUUCCUUUCCUGCUCCAGCCACUUUUAAGCUUGAUGAUAUCUCUUUAUCUUGAUGACCGUCUCUGGCUACCUCAUUGUCUCAUUAAUGCAGGCGCAGCCAUUAAAAGGAUUGUUGUUUCUCUUAUGGAGAAAAAGGGUCUGUGGGCUGAUAAAUGGUGGUGCCAUGCACAAGAUUUGGUGCAAGAUCCAGACACUAGAAAAGAGAUAGUGAGAAGUCUUCGUAUUGCUGGAAUUGUAGAUGGCGAUGCUUCUUCUGCUGGUUGUGAUCUGUUAAAGGAUGCUCCCAUUGACAAUGGUGGAUGUCAUCCAUGUGAUCUUGAUUUCAAUCCUUCUGGUUCGGUUAGAAAUUUAUGCUAUGCACCAUUAAAGAAAACAGGAUAUAGGAUAUUGAUUUCAGGAGAUCCAAAAUCUGGCCAGAAGCAUAUCGUUUCUUGCCUUCUUCAUUGUUUUGUGGGUAGUAUUGAAAUGCAGAAGAUUGAUUUGGCUACAAUUUCGCAAGAGGGGCAUGGCGACUUAGAACAAGGCAUUUCACAUAUUUUAAUGAAAUGUGCCAGUGUGAAGCUGUGUACACUAUUCAUGCCUAGAAUUGAUCUGUGGGCCAUACGGUCAUGCCCUAGUGCCCAGGAAGAUGUUGAGAAGAGUAGUCCCAUGUCAAGUAGAUCUGAAUCGAUGCAAGAAACAGAUUACCAAGAUGAGAUUUGCAGUGCUUCCCAUAUAUGGAGAUCUUUCAUGGAGCAGGUGGAAUGUAUACGUGUUUCCUCAUCCUUGAUCAUACUGGCGACUUCAGAGCUUCCAAUCUCAGCCCUUCCUCAGGAACUGCGCCACUUCUUCGGCAGUGAGCUUUCAACACCUGAAGGCUCAAUUCUUUCAGAAUAUGGAACUCCGCGAUUUGUUGUGGAGGUGGAAGAGGAGAUUGACCAAGAUAAGUUGAUCCAUUUGUCUGCAUCAGACUUAACGAGGGAUUUGAUUCAACAAUUUGUGCAACUUGUUCACAUUGAGAAUCAUCGUUUUCCGGAACCUAAGAUCACCUGUAAAGCUCAUCAUGAAGAUAAAAGUCACAGGAGUGAUCUCAAAUCAGUGGAGGAACCUAGGGAAAAACAAGAACCAGUAGGAAGCUCUGUCGCAAAAUUACCUGUUCCACCUUGCCCAAGAAAUGUCAAAGGAAAAUCAUCCUUGAUAUCAGCUAUCACUGCCUUUGGCUACCAAAUUCUGAAGUACCCCCAUUUUGCUGAACUCUGUUGGAUCACUUCCAAGUUGAGCGAGGGUCCAAACUCUGACAUCCGUGGAACUUGGAAAGGAUGGCCUUUCAAUUCUUGCAUUGUGCGCCCUUGCAAGUCAAUGUCGAGGGACACAGUUGCCUGCAAUACUAACAACAGUAAAGGGAAAGACCAGUUUACAUUGGUUAGAGGCCUAGUUGCUGUGGGCUUAUCUGCAUAUCGGGGAAUAUAUACAUCGCCAAUGGAAGUUGCUCUCGAGGUCAGGAAGGUGCUGGAGCUCCUCAUUGGACAGAUAGCUGCUAGGAUUCAGGCAGGAAAAGAUCGAUACCAGUAUAUCCAUAUUUUAUCUCAAAUUGCUUACCUAGAGGACAUGGUUAACAACUGGUCAUACUCUUUAAGAAGUCUAGAGCCAGAUGCUAAGCAUAUGCAGGGUGGAGAAGAGCCAACUUUUGAGCCAGGACUUGCAAAAGAUGGCCUGAAGGGAUCAAGUGCUGGACGUCCUGCUAAUUUAAACACACCAGGUGCUAACACACUGGAGGUCGAAAAACAGCCCAUUAUCCAAGGUAGUGGCUUUGAACAACCAGAACUUGAAGAAGUGCUGCAGGAAACAUUUGCUGAAAGUUCUCAACCUGCUGUUUUGAACAUGAAAACUAUAGAUAUUGGCGUUAACAAUCUGAUGGAGGCUGUGAACUUUGAUGAAGAGUCUGCACAAAAAGCUGUGGCUACAAAUGAAGUUGCCUCAAGUAUUUGUUCUGCAGGAGAGGUUGGAAAUCAAGAGAAAGAGUCUCCCAAUGAAAUGCUUUUAAGGAGUAAUCCUGUGUCACUUGUAGAUCCUGUUAUUGAUCAAUCAUGUAGUAAAAUUUCAUGUGCAUCGGAGUUGAAACAUCUCAAGGAUAUUACUGUAACUGUUGGACAUAUGCAGUCUACAGAAGCAUCUCGUCAAUUGGCUUGUACAGCAUACCUUGGCGAUCAGACAGCUGGUAGUUGUAAUUCAGGAGAACUCGGAAAUACUCAGUCCCAUGUAUCCAGUGAGUUAUGCAAUCAAACUAUUCCUGAAUCUUUGGAUGAAAAUGAGAUUUCUGCUGAAGCUGGAAAGUGUACAAGCGAUCUUCACCGGCAAGAUUCUAGAACUUCUGUGAGCAUUGAUCUGUCAUCAGAGUCUAAAGUCAUAUGCUGUUAUAGUUGCUGCAUGGGGUGCAUUUAUAGUCUUCAUCAAUUGGUGAAAAAAUUAGUUGCCCGGGAGCAGAAACUAUCUUCAUCUUGUUGCACUGUUGAAGAUGUCCAUGAUCUUGUUUCCACACUAUCAUCAAGUCUGUGUUCAAGAAUCAGGAAUCUGUAUGUCACUGAGGGCUGCAGUAGUUAUGAGAAUGGAGGGCUGAGAUCCAGAAAGCUUGAAUCCCAAGAAAUACGUAAUACCCCAAAUGAACCGGCAAAACUCAUGGAAUGUGUAUGUCAUUCAGGGAAGGAUUUUUCUAAGGAAGUUGAUCUUUCUUCAUACCACCAAACUGAAUCCGAUUUGAAGUACAUCUUUAGGGACGGUGUCUUGGUUUCAGCUGUUCCUGACAAGGAGUCGCCUUUCCAUUGUAAAUAUGGUACAUUGUGUCUUUCUUCUUUGAUAGAGUUGGUGAUAGGCAUCAAGUAGUCUUUAGAUUGAUUUGGUAUUGGUACAAUACUACAAUAUUUAUACUGGCUUGAAAAAGCUCAAUUUUGACGAUGUCAUGGAAUUUAGAUUUUGGACCAAUCCUGUAUCAUGAGAUGCAUAAAAUCAAAAUUUUGCCAAA